CGAUGACAAAGCUCAAGGUAGUAAAAAAAAUGAAAAGCCUACACAGAAAGAAAAGGUAAGGAAGCCAGUAAAAAAGAAGAGUGGAAGUUCAACUAGAAGAGCAAUGUACAAACCUCAAAGAGAAGGUGCAGCUAAGCUAAAUACCAAAGUAAUCGGUGAUGACAAGGCUCAAGGUAGUAACGAAAACAAAAACCUACGAAGAGAGAAAAAGAACAAGACUCCAUAUGAGCUAGUAUAUAGCAAUAAGUCUCGCAGAAAUUGUAUAUUAAUUGCUGAAUUAUUUUUAAAAAAUAUUCGGGACAAAGAAGACAUAUCUAAAAUGAUUAAGAUAGAAAAUUCUGAUAAUAUUGAAAGUUUAGAUAAUAAUCUUGAAGAUGUCGACGAUACUAGAGACAACAAUACUUCAAAUACAUCACCUAAAG